UCAGGAAAGCUUUGCACGAUUCCGCGGUUCGGACAAAAAAAAAUCCGCAAGCCCCAACUUCGCGGUAGCGUCGAGACGGCUCGAAACCUUCCGUGGGCAGUGUAUCUGUGAUAAGUGAAAUGUGAUAUGUGACGGAAUGUAUUUCGUGCAGUAAUUGGCACUUUAUGAUCGCGCACACAACAUGACAAACUGGCAUAAGAAGUGUGGACCGCUUGGUGAUAAGAAAAAAACGGGGAAUCAUUGUUUUUUGCUUCUUCGUUUUAACUCAAAGUGCGGAAUCUCCCGUUUCCCUCCAGAGUAAUAUUGUGCUGAUUUAUGAAAUACUUCCUGUACGGUUCUGUAACUCUGCAAUUCACAGACAACUUUCCUCAUUUGAUAUCGCUACUGAACUAGUUCGAGGAUGUUAAACAAAUGUUCAACUGGUUCAUCAAGGGGUAGAUUUUAAGUGACUUCAUCCAGCUGAAUAUGAAGUUCGACCUGACCCGGAACACGAUCGACGAUAAGAUGGCCGCGACUCGGCUCGAGAAACUUAAGCCCGAACUGUCCGAUCUGUGCUCGGUGAUCAAGAUGUUCCCCUCCCCGACGCUGAGGCAUCGGCUCUGUCAAGACGAAAUCACCCAGCUGUUGGCAUAUCUGAUCCGGUCAUCCGUCGCCCAGGAUCCGCGUAUUAAUAGCCGUGCAUUGAUGCGAAAUACGUUCGAGAAGCUGCCCUGCCCCAGGAGUACGUCCUCAAGGAAUUGCGGCUGAGUGUGUUUCUGAACAAGGAUCUGCGGAAGCAGCAAUGAGAUAGUGUUUGAAGGAAAAGUAUGAUGUAAUUUUAAUCGCAAAAAUAAUUACUGCAAUGGUGAAAUAAAAAAACACACUAGAAUGAUUUUUUUGCAAAUUUCAAGAUAAUUACAAGAAGUAAACACAUAAUACAUAUAAAUACGUAGUUCCCCUAGCUUGUUACGAAAUAUUAUUAUUAUUGGUUCAUAAAAUUGUACCCUUUUAUCUUAACGUGUUGCUGAGACUGUUGAAAAAAUAUGUGGCAACAGAGCGUGUGGAAUAAAUCAUAC